AUGGCCACGAAUCGCCCAACCGACUUUGCAGUAGACGAGGACCCAGCGAGCCCGCGCGCGUUCGAUCGUGUCGGCACAGCGCUCGGAGCCACGUUUGCCCUAAGUUUUACUGAAGCGUGUCUUUCGAUAGAGCGCCGCCCGAUUCCAUUGCGAUUUGCGCUCCAAUUCGCUGCUCUAAACGUAUUGCCAAGCGCCGUAUGGAGCUCCGUAUCCGCGCGCCACGUCGCUGCCGCCUCAAACGUGGCGAUAUCUGCUCUUGUGCAGGAUAAUGCAGAGCGCACAGGGUCGCGUUUGUCAUCGGUAGGCAAGCGUCUGGUGCUCGCCAAGUCAGUGCGGGCACUACGUAUGAUUACAGGAAGCUAUGGAGUUGUCUGGAGUUUAUGGUCGUCGGGUUGGACGAUAGAGCGGCAAUAUAACAAGCGAGAGGGCAGCAAGGAUACCGAAAAGGUGCUCCGUAUCGCACCCGUAACCUCGGCUCUAUCUCGGAUCGCGAGACAAAAACACGCCGACCAUAUCGUGACCGUGCCACUUGUGGAAAAGGGGAGAAAAAUAGAGCAAGCUGAAAAUAGCGUGGACUGGAAUACAGUGGGCCUGAACGUAACGACGGUACAAGCGACGCAACGGAAGCGUGUGAAGGUACUGGAAGUGGAGAUUGCGAACGAGGCGCAAUUAGAGUCGACAAUAGCGUCAGUUCAAUCGCUUCAAGCUCAAGUGUUAAAGAACGGGCGAUCGCCGUCCAUCUGUUCAGUGGCCGUGCUGCCGUAUAGCGGCCAAGUGAUCCCUUCGUCAAGAAUGGCUACAUUUGACGUGCACUAUAACCCAAUGUCAGCUGCACUGACGUUUAUUGCGGCAGUGUGUCACGCUCGGGGCGAGACGCACGUCGUUGUCGUAGCAGAUGAUGAACAAAAUGGCAAAAGUCGUGGGCGUAAUGGGGAGGACACUGUGGACGAUGCAGCGGAAGUUUCGAGCCAUUUCGUCUCACCGGCACAUUUGGCGACUGGAUUGUUGUAUCGUCACGGGCUUCUGGCUCGUGUAUGUAGCCAUACGGAUAUGGAUCGGCUGGAUGCUAUCGACUCGGGACUCGUUGUCGUUCUUGGCCAAAGUCUAAGUGCCGGACAUGCGUCGAUGAGGAAGCUCGUUGAACAAGAUGGUAUACGCGCGCAAGAUGUACUUCAUCGUCCGCCGUGCUAUGUUAUCGAAGAGAGUUUAACGCGUGAGAGCGUGUUGAGUGACGAGUGUCAAGCGCGCUCUGCACUAUUGGAAACGACAGGUCAGCUGCAGGAAGAACUGGAAGGAGAAUCAGAUGAGACCCUCACACAGCCGACGUACUUUUCCAUCGCGGAUGUGAGUGACCAAACGCUGCAAGGAAUCCGCGAGCUGCUACGUCGGGGAGAGACGCCCAAUGCUAUCCAAGCAGCAUUGUAUCGAGUGUACGGUACGCAGCGGGUGGUAGCACCCCAACGUCUGGACCAGUAUUCCAACAUGAAUGUCUAG